CAAACAGCUUAAAUCAAAUUGGUUUUCUUGUGAUCAAUACAGACCAAACAAACUUAAUUGUAGUUGAAAUAUAACAUAUAACAAAUCACAAUUUUCAUCACCUUUUUUUUUUUCAUAUUUAAAUUGAACCUAAAAAAGCAAGUAGAGUGAGGACAUACCUUUCAUGAUCCAAAGGCUAAGCCCUAAUGAAUAAGCUAGUCUCUUCCAUUUCACCAGAAGUUCACAUUUGGGCGCCAAAAAGGGAAGAGAGAGGCUCAAGUCUCAAACUAAACAUGAAGCACUCUAUUGGGCCAAAAUUGGGCUUGACCCAGAAUCUUCGAAAGGAAGAUCAUAAGCUCCAGAGUCUACGAGGGCCCCUAUGAGGCCUUUUCUGGACCGACAUUGGGCUUCAGCUUGCCGGCCCAUGCAUACGCACAAUUCUGAUCACGAUCAUUAGAAGAAUUGGGGAGGGGUUUUCGGUGGUACGGCGAAAGCGAUAAUGCCGUUGAGCGGCGAAGGAAGCCUUUCUAUUAUAAGAGCCGUCGGACAGGAUGCUCCGAAUCGGAAUGGCAACGAUGUUCCUUCUCUCCGUCUCUCUGUCCCUAAGCCUUCUUGGAUUGUCCGAACCGAGUCAAAUGUUCGAAAAAUGGUGAGGAAGAAACCAGACCCACCUUGUGUUGUCUGCAAUGGCAGGGGAGCAGUUGAUUGUACAUAUUGUCGCGGAAGAGGAAGGACAAAUUGUGUGCAUCUAACCAUGCUUCCAAAUGGGGAAUGGCCAAAAUGGUGCAGGGAUUGUGGUGGCAGUGGACUGGGAUUGUGUUCCCGCUGCCUUGGAACGGGAGAGUAUAGGCAUAUCAUGGGCUUCAACUUCAUGAAGAUGGAUUCUGAUCAAAAUCACAAGGAGCCACCACAAGAUGGAGGUAACUCUAAUUCAGGACCUCACACUGCAGCUGAUCGACUACUGAAUGAAGAGUUAUGGAACGACCACAAAAAAUAGGACUUUGGUCUGGAAGUAAAAAGCAGCUAUUUUUAGCCAGAGAAGAUACUGUAAAGUUGCAUAAUUGCUCUGCCAUUGAAGACUGUAUUGUGUUGGUGUCAUCUGUGCUGUUGCCUGUUGGCUCUUGAACCAGAGCUGCAUUUAAAAUGAAUUUACAUCUUAAAUAAUAAAUACUCUUUUUCCGUGCGA